AUGUCGCCCCCAACAGCAUCCAGCGAAGCCACCAACGGCGUUGACCAGCUUAACCCCAACGGCAUUGACAAUGGCGCCUCCUCUCAGAGACGUAUCAUCCUCUACGCUUUCAUGAUGGGCUGUUCUGGGCACCAAUCUCCCGGACUCUGGACUCACCCAGCCGAUCGUUCUCGCCACCACAAUAAGCUUUCCUACUGGAUCGACCAUGCCAAGCUCCUCGAAUCUGGCCAUUUUGACGGUCUUUUCCUCGCUGAUGUGCUUGGUGGAUACGACGUUUAUGCAGGCAAUCUUGACGCAGCUCUCUCUUCAGGUGCUCAAUUGCCUGUCAUCGAUCCACUCCUGCUCAUCUCUGCUAUGGCUGCUGCAACAAGCAAUCUGUCCUUCGGUAUUACUGCCACCACCUCCUACGUUCACCCCUACGAGCUAGCACGUCGGUUUUCCACCCUGGACCACCUAACCAAUGGACGUGUCGGGUGGAACGUUGUCACUGGCUACCUUGACUCGGCAGCACGUCAAUUCGGUGCUAAGAACCAAGACCUGCAUGCAAAGCGCUACGAAGUUGCAGACGAGUACAUGGAUGUAGUCUACAAGCUUUGGGAGAGUUCUUGGGCCGACGAUGCAGUCGUUCAUGACGCCAGCAAGCUAAUCUACACUCGCCCUGAGCGUGUGCGUCAAAUCAACCACAAGGGCAAAUAUUUCGAAUCUGUACCCGGUCCACACAUCUGUGAGCCUUCUCCGCAGCGAUCUCCAGUCAUCUAUCAAGCUGGAUCUUCCGGUCCCGGAAUGGCUUUUGCCGCCAAACAUGCCGAAGUGAUCUUCAUCGCAGCUCACAAGCCCGAUGUAGCCAAAAAGCGCGUUGAUGCUGUUCGUUCAGGCGCUGCUGAAGCAGGUCGUGAUCCGGCCUCUCUCAAAGUUCUCGCCCUACUCUGCCCUAUCAUUGGCAAGACAGACGAAGAAGCACAGCAGAAGUACAAAGAGCAUCUCGAGCACGGAUCUGACGAGGGUGCGCUAGCCCUCUUCGGUGGUUGGACCGGCAUUGAUCUCUCCAUCUAUGGUCAAGAUGAAGAACUCCGCACAACGGAAAGCAACGCUAUCAAAUCAGCCGUUGAGAACUUCGCUACCCAAGACCCUAACGUUCCCAAUUGGAACAAAGCAGCAGUGGCAAACAAGAUCAAACUUGGCGGUCUUGGUCCCACCAUUGUCGGCUCUCCCUCUUCAAUUGCGGAUCAGCUGCAGGAAUGGUGGGAGAAGAGUGGUGUGGAUGGUUUCAACUUGGCUUACACGCUUGCUCCGGGUACGUUCCAGGACUUUGUCGACUUGGUGGUUCCGAUUUUGAAGGAGAGAGGUGUUGUUUGGGCGGAUUAUCCUCAGGUACAGCAGCCUGAGAAGGCACAGGUUAAGGACGGUCCCAAGCAUGGAUUCGGUCUCAGUGAGAAGAUCGGGAUUACAUCGAGAGAGAAGCUCUACGGUGUUGGACAGAAGACAUUCAGGAAAGAUCACUAUGCGAGCAAGUUCACUUGGAAGGCUGGCGAGGAGGCUCCCAAGCUCGACUAG